AGGAAAGAGACAACUGGGAGGACCAAGACGUAGUGAAUCACAUCCAAAGGAGGAAAUUCCUGCUUUGGCAACAAUAACUGCUGAUGAGUUCAAGGAUAUUGUGAUGCAAAAACUUCAAAACAAACCAGUAGUUGUCAUCUUUGCUGAAGAAAGUCUGAGUGUGGAGGAUUUUAGUUGGAAAGAUGAAGCAGGAAAGGGUUCUUUCCCUAACUUGGAAAGCAUAAGCAGUGAAUCUGAUGGUCUAACAUACUUACCAUUUGUACAUGCUCCCCUUCAUGCAUUCCGCCAUCAUUUGCCAGUUCAGGGGCGGGAGUGGUAUAAUUUGAAACUUGGACCCAGUAGCCUGAGCAAUGAUGAUAUAGCAUUAAACGAGACAUUGCUAUAUGUGAAUCUUGAUGAUGCUGCAAGUGAUGAGGAUAGACCAGAUCUUCUCAAAAGACAUGAUGCUGUCAUUUCUAAGGUGUACAGAGCACUUGCAGAACGCCAUGGGGAUGUGUUAGCAGUGUACACUGCUCAUCACUCUUCUUGGCAAACUGGUGAAGAAACACCGACUCGGAGAAUACGCCACUUGCUUGCAACUGACUUGGAAGCAGGUGAUGAAAAAGCAUAUGGAAAUAACAGAACGCUCCUUUAUGCACCAACCAUGAUUCUAACUAUAGGGCAGAAGAGUACUACUCUAGAAAAUGGAAUUGUAGGAGGGGAUGAAGAUCUCAUCAUAAAUUUUCCUGAUAAUAUUACUGUGGUAUUCUCAUUUGAAAACACCAAGAGCCCAGGUUACUGGAGUUUGCAAGGAGUGCAUGUUACAGUGCAGAAUGAAUUGUAUAACUUCAGUGAUGUGAAGAUUGGAGCACCUUUAGAGUUUUCUUACCACUGUAGCCAAGAAGUAGUUUUUAAUGCUAAUGACAAUAAACUUAACAUUAGUAAUGACUUCCAGAUACAGCCAUAUAUUGACGGAAGAAGAUUUGGAGCUGCAUAUGACUGUGUUUAUUUCUUUACUGUACCCAUAUGGUCGGGGCUCUUUGUGUGUACAGUUUUUACCAUUAUUAUGAUUUUUGGUCUUGGAAUGAUAAUGGAUAUAAAAACCAUGGAUAGGUUUGAUGAUCCAAAAGGAAAAACUAUUACAAUCAAUGUUGCAGAUUGAAGAGUUAUGCAGUAUUUAAACAUGUAAUUUUGUUGUUGGACGUAGAAUGAAUUAUUAUGAAAUAACACAUCAGCUUAGGAAAGGUACCAUAUUUACCUGAGUAUGAGAGAGUUUUUAAUAUAAAAUAAUUAUUAUAAUUUAAGGUUUUUCUUUAAGGCUGUAAUCAUUUUACAGCUCUGUACAGCACCACAGUUAACCUAGUUCAUACAGUUCAGAACAUUCCAUAAAAAUUCACAUAAUUCCUUCUUUUGCAAAUAAUGUGUAUAAUGUUCCAUGUAUUCGAUAUGUUCAUUUACGUAUUAUUAACAGAACAGUUGGUCUGCAUGAAAGCAAGUUCUUGUUCCCAGGAUGUACAUCAAAUUUAUGAAUCAAUCUCAUCUAAUGCACACAUUCCUUGAAUUUAGUGAAGAAUAUAAAAAUUUCAGCCUUGGAAUAAUCCUUGCAAAAAAUAUCUCUGAAUUUUAAAACUUCAAAAUUACAAGGAAAAUUUCCUAGGAAUCUGGUCGAGUGAAUCAUAUGAGGCAUUCUGCACAGUAAGGGAGAACUGAACAGAGCUGAACUCUGUUCUCUCUUCUUUUGCUUGACAGAUUCUUUUGAAGUGUGUAGAAACAUGUGCAGCAGAUCCUAAAGGUGGAGUUUGCCCCUAAUUAUAGUCACAGACUAAGUCAAUAUUUGUCUGCUCUGGGGAGAAAUAUUAUGAUUUCUCUCUAUACACACUGUGCAGGGCUUUUUCUCUAAACUUGCUUUUUGCAAGCUCCCUUUACUAUUUGGAAUGCCUCAUGUUAUUAUUAAUGAUUGCAGUGUGUAUUUGAAGUUUUGAAUGUAAAUGUGUAUAUUUGUUUAGAAUUUUGUUUUCUCCCCUCCAUUUUUAUGCUUUUUCCAUUUAAAAAUAUUUUAUGGUCACUAUGGUGAUGAUCCAGUGGAACUCAUGCAAUAUGUAUAUAAGGGCAUACAGAUUUAGUUUCUGUUCCUGUGUAAAACUGUAACAUUCAUUGAAGCUCAUAACCAUUUUUAUAGUUAAGAGAGUCUGCAUUUUACAUACAAAGGAAAAGGGCGGAUAUAAGAAAUUGUCAUGCAUCUGGAUUAGCUGUUUUGUAUUGAGAAACUAGUAUUUUAUGCAGUGUCCAAGAAUUGUGUUCUGAAGAUAUUUUUAUGUGGAAUAAUAUAUUGGUUAUCACUUGGGCAUCAGUAAUCCUGCUGAAGUGACCCCAAAACAUUCUGUUAAAAAAGAAUUAUAAAAUUGAUACAGAUAUAUGGAUUUAAUUAUUUUUAUUUGAUUUCAGGCAAAUAUGGUAAUUUCCUACAAUUCUGGUACAUACUGAAAUAUACUGGGAAUUAAAUUGUGUCAUUAUUCCUGCUUUAUAAAAAAAUAAACCAAAGACAUAAAAUGUUCAUUUUUAUAAACACAGAUUAAAAGCGUUCUCAGACAUUGUAAAUAAUGAGGUUGUGCAGAUGUUCUUAUUGUGAUAGAAAUUCGUAUUCCCAAAUCUUGUUACCUGCGGAGUUGAUCUUGCCAGUUAGUUCAUUAUCCCAAGUGAAAGUGAAAGAACUUCACUAUGCUAGUCACUCAUUCUGUGCUUAAUGAGUCAUGUCACAGUAUAAAAAUUUGCCCAUGGUAGAAAUAUCCCUGAAGCUGAAAGAAUAUGUGUAGGAGUUUACAAAAAUAUAAUUUGUAAGGUGCUAAAUCUUAAUGAUUUCUUGUGUAUUGCACUUAGAAUUUCUUUUAAGAAUUCUUAUAUUUCAGAAAUUUUCUCCAUUGCAAUUAAUCAUGAUAGAAAUUUUUGCCAGCAGUAUUGCAGUUUUUGGACAGAAAGAGAAGCUUAUAAUAUGUGGUGUAUUCUUCUUGUACUUCCUGUGCAGUUUUGGUUUGUGCAUAUACUGAGCUGAACAGUUGUGAAUGGAUUGGGCUAUGCUUAUGCUUUAGCUUUAGUUCAACCCCCUAAGCAAGGAUUGGCAUGGUAGUGAAAUCGAACUGGAUAUUGCAUGUCCUGAAAACUUCUAAUCAGGAUAUUUUCUCACCUGAUAUAUUCUUGGGACACUCUUUGUAUAAUGUGACGUUUUCUGGUAUCAUGUUUCAGAACAGGUGCCUGUGUGUAUGAAGUACUUCAGUCAGAUAAUAACACACAUUUGUUUAAUAUGUAACAGUACUUCCUUUUGUAUCAGAGGUGUUGAAAAUAUUUGCUUACAUGAAAUUGGUAGAAAUAUAAAACAAUGUUAUCUUACUAUAGAGUUCUGACGAUGGUGUAUAACACACAAUAUUAGCUUUUUUUUUUACCAGAAAUUUGUUAUAUGUAAUGAGGAAGGAAGAGAAUAUUAUAAACAAGUACUGCACUAAAUUGGGGGCACACGGUGCCUUAACCACUAUGCUACAAGUUGGAAGGUCGCGGGUUCAAAUACCGAUGAGCUCAUUGUACCUAAUUGGACC